AUGGCCCGCCGCGUGGCCAGGCUGCUCCGCGCCAUUGUCCGCAACGACGCCAUGAAGGAGGACCCGGAUCCCAUCUACAACGGCCGCGUCCUGGCCCUCGUCUGCGCGGCCUGCUUUGGCGGCAUGCUCUUUGGCUGGGACACGGGCGCCAUCGGUGGCGUCCUGCACAUGCCCGCCACCCAAGCCCGCUUCGGCUUCCUCCACGCCUCGGACAAGCGCAAGGCCGACCAGGAGCAGAAUAUCGUCUCCACCCUCCAGGCCGGCUGCUUCCUCGCCUGCCUCGUCACCGGCUGGGCCGCCGACCGCUUCGGCCGCCGGAGGGCCCUCGUCGCCGCCGGCGUCUUGACCGUCGUCGGCGUCGUCUUGCAGGCGGCCUCGGCGGCUCGCGGUACCCUCGCCGUCAUGUACGUCGGCCGCUUCGUCGCCGGGCUCGGCUGCGGUGCGGCCUCGGCCCUCACCCCCAUCUACGUCUCCGAGUGCGCGCCUCGCGCCAUCCGCGGCGGCUUGACGGCGUUUUAUCAACUCUUCAACGUCUUUGGCAUCAUGGUUGCCUUUUGGGUCAAUUAUGGAUGUCUUCUCCAUGUCCCCGCACCCGCCAAAUUCAUCGUCCCGCUGGCCCUCCAGUCGCUGCCGGCCGUCCUCCUCGUCAUUGGCAUGGUCCUCUCCCCAGAGUCGCCGCGCUGGCUCGCCAAGGAGGACAACUGGGAGCAGGCCACCUCGACGCUCGCGCGGUUGCGAGACCUCCCGCCCACACAUGCCUACGUGCAAGGCGAGAUUCAGGAAAUGGCCGACCAGCUCGAGGUUGAGCGUCGUCUGACUGGUGGCAGCUCCUCCGCAGCCCUUUUCCGCGAAAUGUUCUUGAUCCCCGGCAACCGUAAUCGCGCUCUCAUCUCCAUCAUGCUCAUGAUUUGCCAGCAGCUCACGGGCGUCAAUGCCAUUAACUACUACGCUCCCCAACUAUUCGCCAACCUGGGCAUGGACGCCACUGACUCGUCCUUGUUCGCCACCGGAAUCUACGGCGUUGUCAAAGUCGUCAGCUGCUCCAUCUUCUUGCUCUUCGUGGCCGACUCGCUCGGUUGCCGACGCAGCCUCCUCGCCACCGCCGCCUCGCAGGGCGUCGUGCUCUUCCUCAUUGCCAUCUACGGCCGCGUCCAGCCCCCCACCAAGGGCGAGCCCGUCACGGCCUUUGGCUACGUCGCCAUUGCCUGCAUCUACCUCUGGGCCGCGUCGUUCCAGUUUGGCUGGGGCCCGGCCUGCUGGAUCCUCGUCAGCGAGAUCCCCGCGGCCCGCCUGCGCGCCCUCAACGUCUCCCUCGCCGCCGCCACCCAGUGGCUCUUCAACUUCGUCGCCGCCCGCACCGUCCUCACCAUGCAGAGCACCAUGGGCCGCGCCGGCUACGGCAUGUACUUUUUGUUUGGCAGCUUCUGCUUCCUCAUGGGCGUCUUUGUCUACUUUUUCGUGCCCGAAACGAAGGGCCUCUCCCUGGAAAAGAUGGACCAGCUCUUUGGCGUCACUGAAUCGCUGCAUCGUAAAUUGGACGGCGACUCCGAGACGGGUGCUAAAAUAACGCGCCCACUGUCAACAGCACCAUCAUCCAUGAGGUUCACGCCGCGGAAAAGCAACCCUCAUUCAAUAAACAAAGGCGCCGCUACCGCCACGUGA